CCCGUACACAGUAUCGAUAGCUUGUAGAAGAGGACUUCUCCAGUCUCUGCAAGAUACAUCUGAUAUGCCAGUGCUCACUGGACACCAUGGGGCCAUUUCACACUUUAGGCAUCACAGGACUUCAGCACACUAUUAACAUGGACGGCAGGGACGAAUUCACCGAAGACAGUGAAUGCUGCAGCAGCAACAACUCCCAGGAAGUACAAGAGCAGGAUAGCAUCUCAGAAGACAGCGAGAGUGACCUUGACAACCACGGUGAAGACUCGUCCUCCAACACCUCCGCUGACGACCACAUGUCCACCAAGAGAACGCAGUGCCGACUUCAAGGAGCGGGGGUCAAAGAGGAGAGCGAGGAAGGGGGAGACAACUGCAUCAACUUUGUGUGUCCGCUCUGCUCACUGGACUUCAGCAGCCCUGAGAAGCUCAUCUCCCAUGUCUACCAGCACACCAGUAUGAUGAGCAGCAGUAAGAGCUACGUGUGCCCGGUGUGUGGGCGCGCCCUGAGUUCGCCUGGCUCGCUCGGGCGCCAUCUUCUCAUCCACUCCGAGGACCGCCUGUCCAACUGCGCUGUCUGCGGGGCGCGCUUCACAGACACCAACAACUUUGACAGGGAGAAGCUGAAAGAUGUCAUCGACACCUCCAGGAUGGAUCUGAUGGACGGGCGGGACACGUGCUCCAUGUCCCUCUCCAGCAGCCCCAUGAACAGCCCGGACCACGCAGCAGGGCCCAGCCCCAGCUCCUGUCAGGGCCCCCCCCCCUGUCAGGCCCCUGACCCCAACAUGUGUCAAGCCCAUCGCACCUGCCAGGCUCCAGACCACCACCCCAGCCAGUGCCACGGCCCCCGGCAGUGUCAGGGCCUAGGACCCUGCGCGGGCUCUGACCAAGGACCCUCCUUUCCCUCUCUGCCCGACAGCCUCCUCUCGGACGGGCCCUCACUGGGGUCCAUCCCCGACGCUCUGAACUCCUCCCCCCCAGGCUUCCCUCCCAUCUCAGACAUCCUGAGCCCCAUGCCGGUGUAUCCUGCCGGAGUUCUGCUGGUGUGCAACAGCUGCAUCGCCUACCAGCAGCUGAUGGAGGCUCAGUCUCCCAUGCGAAAAUGGGCCCUACGUAGGAAGAACGAGCCCGUCGAGGCCCGCAUGUAUCGGCUGGAGCGCGAGCGCACGGCGAAGAAGAACAAGAGGGCGUGCGAGUCGGAGGACGAGAGGGAAGUCAGGAGGCUGCGGGACCGCGAGGCCAAGCGCAUGCAGAGGAUGCAGGAGUCCGAGGACCAGCGGUCGCGCAGGCUGCAAAGAGACAGGGAGGCCAUGCGCAUGAAAAGAGCCAAUGAGACGCCGGAGAAGAGGCAGGCCAGGCUGAUCCGAGAGAGGGAGGCCAAGAGGAUCAAGAGGCGGCUGGAGAAGAUCGACCCCGCCCUGAGGACACAGAUCGAGCACGACCCCGCGGCCAUGGCUGCCCUCACAGCAGACAUGAGUCUCUUCCAGUUCCCCUGCCCCAUGCCGGUCCCUUCCAUGGAUAACGGUCUGUUCAUGAAGAUGCCCUAAUGGCGGGAAAACAUCGGGCCUCUAGCAGCGACUAUAGCCGCUUUCACACCAAGUACUUAGCCGGUACUUGUCCCCGGUACUUGUCCCCCCCGGUACUUGUUCCCCCCCGAACUCUUUAGUCCCUCGAACUGUCCUAGUAGAUCGCGUUAUCAACGGAACAAGUCCCUGAGGGAGGAUUAGGCAAAUGAAGCCGUUGACGUCACUUCUUCUUCUUCUGCUUUGGGUUCACAAAACUUUUCGGAGUUUUACGGGGCGUGGUUUGCAAUUCGCCCAGCCAAUCAGAAAUUGUUAGUGUGGCCGACACACCCAGGAACCAUUUCCUCCUCAGGAAAGUACUACCUCUCUAGCAGGGACUAUCUGGGGGUGCAAAGGUUUGUGUGAACUAGGGACUAGUUCCAGACCCUUUUUGGUGUAAAACCAAAUCUCCCCCCCAUAUCGGCCUAGUUCGGGGGGAAAAGUACUCCGGUGUGAAAGCGCCUAUUAACUCUGCCCUCUGGUCACAGUGAACCAUUCCUCGCUGGUUUACCUCCAGCUUCUUCUGUGUCGCACAGACUAACUAAUUUAUUACAGUAUAGAAAGCCUUGGGAACAGGGUUGAGAAUGUUUCAUAUUGUAUGGAUGAGAGCAUGUUGUAAAGAGAUUUAUCUGUUGGUCAGUGGGCAUAGUUCAUUCUAGUAGGAGCAGUUAUACUUCCUUUGAUGGCGGAAAAAAUAGUCUUUUUGCACAUGGACCUUCAGUGACGGGAGUGGGAACUUUGUAG